GUCGUGUCUGCAUGGAUCCAACAGUCCACUUUACUUCAGACACGGCACAUUAACCAUCAAGAACAUGUUUCGGACAAAUUUCGUUUUCGUCGUCCUGGCACUUUUUCUUGUUAUCGCCAUAGCCGAUAAGGUGGAGCUGUACUCCGACAAGUACGAUUACGUGAAUGUGGACGAAAUUUUAGCAAAUGACCGGCUCAGGGACCAAUAUUAUAAAUGCUUUAUGGACACUGGACCAUGCCUCACUCCUGAUGCGAAAUUCUUCAAAGGUAACUUCCCUGAAGCGAUUGCCACGAAGUGCAAGAAGUGUACCGAGAAGCAGAAGCAAAUGUUUGAUAAAUUGGCAGAUUGGUACACCAGUAAUCGUACCGAGGAAUGGGAAGCACUUGUUGCCAAAUUUUUAGAAGAUGUCAAAAAGAGAGGUAUAUCCUCUUAAGUCACUCGCAGUACUUCCAAAACUGCUUUUAACAAAGGAAAUCCGAAUUUGUUAAACUCGGAGUGUGCAUUUGCCAUUCCAUUAGGUUCGAUUAUUGUUACCGUUUCGAGCAAUGUUAUAUAUCGGAAGUAUCUCAAAAUUCCUAACUGAACGCACCAAUGUUAUUAAGUUAAAAUAAAAUAUAUGUUAAAAACCAACGUUCACCUAUUAAAAUAGAUCAUCGUUAUUAUUGUUCAUAACAA